AGCAGCUUCAGAUACCUCGCCCAGAAUCAUUGCAGAGUGACAGGCAGCACUGAUGGGUCUCUGCUGAGAGUUUCAUCAACAUGACAAAGCACAUGGCCCUCUCUUUCCUCUUUGUUCUUGGUCUGGCAAGCUUAUCUUCUGCAAAUCGAAAACUUUUAGUGUUUUUGAUUGAUGGUUUUCGCUUUGACUACAUCGAUGAUAAUGAACUGAAGUCUCUGCUUGGCUUUAAAGAGAUUGUGAACAAGGGGGUGAAAGUGGAUUACCUGACCCCUGACUUUCCUAGUCUGUCUUAUCCAAAUUAUUACACACUGAUGACUGGUCGCCAUUGUGAAGUUCAUCAAAUGAUUGGAAACUACAUGUGGGAUCCAAAAACAAGCACCUCUUUUGAUAUUGGUGUGAAUAAAGACAGCCUAUUACCCCUGUGGUGGAAUGGAUCGGAGCCUUUGUGGGUCACCAUGAUGAAAGCAAAGAAGAAAGUGUCUAUGUAUUACUGGCCUGGCUGUGAGGUUGAAAUCCUUGGAGUCAGACCUAGUUAUUGUCAACCAUAUUUCAGUGUGCCAUCAGAUGCCAAUUUUGCUGAUGCUAUCCGUGAUAGUCUUGAAUCUUUACGAAAUGGCAGUGCAGAAAUGGCAGCAGUGUAUUAUGAACGCAUUGAUGUGGAAGGCCACCAUUAUGGACCUUCAUCUGUUCAGAGGAAGGAUGCAUUAAAAGCAGUGGACAGAGGCUUAAGCAACAUGAUGAAGCUGAUCAAGGACAAAGGCCUUCAGAGUGACCUGAAUGUCAUUCUUUUCUCGGAUCAUGGGAUGACUGACAUUUCCUGGGCGGACAAAGUGAUCGAGUUGAAGAACUAUAUCAAUAUGGCUGAUGUCAUACAAAUAAAAGAUCGAGGCCCUGUUGUGAGCCUGUGGCCAGUUAAGGAGAAGCAGACUGAGAUAUAUAAUAAAUUGAAAACUGUGAAAUACAUGGAUGUUUAUAACAAAGAGGAUAUUCCAGAGAGAUUCUACUACAAAAAAGGAAAAUUUGUCUCUCCUCUAACCCUUGUGGCUGAUAAAGGGUGGUUCAUAGUAGAGAGUAAAGAGAAACUUCCAUAUUGGGAGAAUGGUACAGGGAGAAAGGAGGCCUGGCAGAAUGGAUGGCACGGAUAUGACAAUGAGCUCAUGGACAUGAGGGGAUUCUUCCUUGCAUUUGGGCCAGAUUUCAAAUCUAACUACAGAGCUCCUCCAAUCAGAUCAGUCGAUGUUUACAACAUCAUGUGCAAUCUUGCAGGAAUAAAGGCACUGCCAAACAAUGGAUCCUGGUCCAGAGUGGAGUGUAUGUUAAAAAAUAAUGCCAAUUUGGCACAGUUAUUCCACUGGAGCAGCUGUGUACUGGCAUUGUUUCUAUUUUUACUGUUUGCAUAGCAUAUCUUGUUUCUCUGCCCCCAAAACAAUGUUGGUCAGUGUAAUUAGUAACUUGCUUUUUUUUUUUAAUUCUUCAUUUGAAUAAUAGCUUCAUUAACAGAAUAUUGUCUGGGUAAAUUGCACAUAUUGGCCCAAAGUCAUACCUCAAGUUACCCCUAGGAUAAAUCUCCAUCAUCCUCCUAUCACAAUAGUUAUAAUAAUGUGUGGCCAAGAUUUGCUUUCCUUUAUGCUGUGGUAAAUACAGACAAGAUUCAGGAGUUAUUAUUGCUCAUUUGGAUUUGCCCCAUUACCAAGGAGCGCAGAAUCUAGGCCCCUCUAUUUUUAAAUCUCCUGGGUUUUGUUCAGCUGGCUUGGUUUGAUAUUUCUGGGGAGAACUCACCUUCAUAACUAGGGAAAUGCUUUCACUGCUGUAUUGUUUAGGGGCUCAGGCCUGGUUUUCACAAUUUUACCUUUUGUUUAACUCUGGAUUAUAUAUCUCCAAUGGAGCUAUUGUCUUCCUUUGCAAAACCAAGAUACCUGUGGUGAACAUGGCCCCCUUCCCAAAACAGGAAAGAAGUAGCUGUUCUCUACUAAACUACAAUAUGUACAUCUCCUAACAGCUCUAUUCUAGAUGGGGUACAUGGGAGGAUGUAGGAGCCAUGAAUAUAGCAUCCUUCUUUUCCUAGAUUUUCUCUCUCCAUGUGCCUCAGGGUUUCAGUAGACCAGUCAACCAAAUUUUGCUCCCUUUCAAAUCACAAGAGUUUUUCUAUUGAUGUCAAUAAUAUUAAGACCAAACAGGGAACAAGAGCUGAACAAAGUCAAUCCUGAACUCAGGUCUCCCCAUGUGAUAAUCUACUAGUGGCAGCAUAACUAGGAGUGGGUGAGAGGGGCAACAACCCCAGGUGCAGAGCUCAUGGAGGUGCAAGAAUGGCAAUCGCUAUGCUGCCAGCCCAGCUGCCACCCAGAAUGCAAAACUUCCUAGUUAUGCCCAAAAGAAUAAUUAGCAGGGUUUGUGCACUGCUGCUGUUGCCAUGGCAUGGACUCCCUGGGGGUUGCUGCCACUAAACUGGUGCCUGGGACUGAUGCCCUGCUCACCCUCCCCAUGUUAUGCUACUGGUUACACUUCUGCUUACUAGAAUGGCCCACUGAUGAUUUUAAAUUAAGCCCAUGAGAACAUAUAAAAAGAGCAGAGCGGGGAGAAUUUUUUCAGUGAACAAUAAAUACAUUGAAAAAAAUGCAGUUUCCAGAUUACCAAAAUACUCCUGAAACCUAGAAAAAUCCAGCAAAUAAUUUUGGCUGGAAAUCAUUUUGGAAGAGUUGAAACAUUUCAUUUGGACUUUUCUCAAAAUGAAAUACAUCACCCUUCUGUUUUUAGGCAACUUCAUUUUUUUUUAAAUUGACAGAAAUUAAAGGAAACCACUAAAGAACUGCAAAGCAAGACAAAAAUCAGAAAAAAAAAAUGUCUUCUCAGACAAAAUAUUUCUGAGAGCCCAAAACAAAAUUUUAUUUCAGUCACAUUUGGUCCAUCAUUGAACCAAAAAAACCCCAAGCCAUUAGUCAUGAAGCUCUAAAAGAGGUAUUUUACAAUUCUAAUUUGCCACAGCAUCCAUCCCUCACUUUUCCUCAAAAUCUAACCAUUUAUUUAAAAAUAAAUAAAUAAUGGUUUUAGUCCUUCUGGUUGUGAAAAAGGUCCUGAAAAUGUGAAUCACCUGUA